CCCAUGUGUAGCCUGUGUGUUCUUAAAUGAGAGGAGGAUCAGCAGUGCAACAGCAGGAGAGUGAGUGCUUCCACAAGUCAGGUGCAAGUGAGAGGAGACAGAGAGGACGCUUCAGCUGCAACCCAGAGAUUCAUCAGGACUGCACAUUUGAACAGAAGAAAUAUCCCCAGUAAGCAGAAGUGAAACCAGCACUAAAUAUGAACCUGUUCAUCAUCCUUGCUGUCCAUGCAGCAUUCAGUGUUAACAUGGCUUUUUCAAGAGGAUGGUCUCUAAGACAUAAAGAGACGCAUGGAGAGAUGUGUCAGUCUGGAGACGGGAGCAGUUACAGGGGAUAUGUUUCCAAGUCAGCAUUUGGCCACAGGUGUCUCAACUGGAGGAGCUUUGAAGAUGCUCUGAUGGGAGCUGUGGAGGGACUGGGCUCACAUAACUACUGCAGGAAUCCUGACAAGGGCUUGAUGCCAUGGUGCCAUGUCCGAAGAGGAUGGAGGACUGUGAAAGAAGUCUGCAACAUUCCCAGAUGUUCCAAGCCAACAAUAAAACCUCCACCAGCUGUUGAUUCAGAGAGGACAUGUGGUGAGAGGUCCGAGCGGAAGAUGCACAAAAUUGUGGGUGGUUCCUUCACACCCAUAGAGUCGCACCCAUGGGUGGCUGCUAUCUUUCUUAAGCGCCGCAAGUUUGUCUGUGGCGGCUCCCUUAUUGCACCUUGCUGGGUUCUCACAGCUGCUCACUGCUUCGAAAAUGGCGAGGGGACCAAACUCAGAGAUCUGUCUGUGUUUCUGGGGAAGUCUGCCACCAAUGACGCAGAUCCUGUCAGGGAGCAGAGCUUCACUGUGGAAAAACUCAUCGUCCACCAAAAAUAUAACGAGUCCAGCUUUGACAAUGACAUCGCACUGCUCAAGAUCAAAAGCAGAAGUGGAGGAUGUGCUGUGAGGUCAGCGUCUGCGCGGAUAGUGUGUGUUCCUCCUUCUCACACUCAGCUUCCUGCAGGAGUAAAAUGCAGCAUCGCAGGAUAUGGAAAGGAGAACCACAGUGCAUGGCAGUUCUCAAAGAUACUGAAACAGGCCGAGGUGAACCUGCUCUCCCAGACUGACUGUAAAAGUGAAUUGUACUAUGGAGACCGCAUCACCAAGAAUAUGAUCUGCGCUGGGAGCCCUGACUGGAGCACUGACGCCUGCAGCGGGGACUCCGGUGGUCCGUUGGUGUGUGAGGCGUCGGGCCGCAUGUUUCUGUUCGGGGUGGUAAGCUGGGGUGAUAACUGUGCAGUGAAAAACAAACCCGGUGUUUACACGCAGGUCACCAGGUACAACAAGUGGAUCGCAGCAAAAACGGGCCUCUACAAAUAUAUGGAGGGACAAAUGUAUCCCACAAAAUGAAGCUGUGGCAGGAAGUUCCCUGUUGGGUGUUGCAAGUGUCUAUGAAGGAAAAAGUGGCUGCAGCUUUGUGGGACUCACAAUUGAUAUUAAUGUGCAAAGAAAAUGGCUUUGUGAAGUGAAUUAUUGCUGUAACUGUUCUGAGUGAAUGUUUUAAAAUGUUAUUUUGUUCCAUAUUUAAAAUACUUUUUUAAUAUAAUUUUUUUAUUGUAUGCAAACUUGUUAUAAUAAGAGUAUUAGAGUUUAUUUAUGUAAUAUAAUUUUAGAACCUUUUUCUCUUGUAGAGGGCUGGCCCUGUUGAUGAGCAUUUUUUUUUAUAAUAAAGGAGAGUUUCUAUUA